UCACAGAACAUCACCAUGUCUAUCCUGAAGGUCCAUGCCCGUGAAAUCUUUGACUCCCGUGGGAACCCAACAGUAGAGGUUGAUCUGUAUACAGGCAAAGGUCUGUUCCGGGCAGCUGUUCCUAGCGGUGCAUCCACCGGUAUUUAUGAAGCCCUUGAGCUCAGGGACAAUGACAAAACUCGCUAUCUCGGCAAAGGUGUGAAAAGAGCUGUGAAAUAUGUAAACGAGUUUCUGGGACCCGCUUUAUGCACCCAGAGUGUAACAGUCGUUGAACAGGAAAAAAUUGACAAACUUAUGCUGGAUAUGGAUGGAACUGAGAACAAAUCCAAGUUUGGUGCCAAUGCAAUCUUGGGAGUAUCUCUAGCAGUGUGCAAAGCAGGAGCAGCCGAGAAAGGUGUUCCUCUGUACCGUCACAUUGCAGACCUAGCUGGAAACCCUGAGGUCAUCCUCCCUGUUCCGGCCUUCAAUGUAAUAAACGGUGGUUCCCAUGCUGGAAACAAGCUGGCCAUGCAGGAGUUCAUGAUCCUGCCUGUGGGAGCAAGCACUUUUAAAGAGGCCAUGCGUAUUGGAGCAGAGGUUUACCACAACUUGAAGAAUGUCAUCAAGGACAAGUAUGGAAAAGAUGCCACCAAUGUGGGUGAUGAGGGUGGCUUUGCUCCCAACAUCCUGGAGAACAAGGAAGCUCUGGAGCUCCUGAAGACUUCAAUCAACAAAGCUGGUUACUCUGAUAAGAUUGUCAUCGGAAUGGAUGUUGCAGCUUCAGAGUUCUACAGGGAUGGGAAGUAUGAUCUGGACUUCAAGUCACCAGACGACCCAAGCAGAUACAUCUCCCCUGAUCAGCUGGCUGAUCUGUACAAGAGCUUUGUGAAGGAUUACCCAGUUGUUUCCAUUGAAGAUCCAUUUGACCAGGAUGACUGGGCAGCCUGGUCAAAGUUUACAGGCAGCGUUGGAAUCCAGGUAGUUGGUGAUGACCUGACUGUGACCAAUCCCAAGCGUAUUGCCAAGGCAGUGGAAGAUAAGGCAUGUAACUGCCUGCUUCUUAAGGUCAACCAGAUCGGCAGCGUCACAGAAUCCUUGCAGGCAUGUAAGCUGGCUCAGUCCAAUGGCUGGGGAGUGAUGGUUAGUCACCGUUCUGGAGAGACUGAAGACACAUUCAUCGCUGAUCUGGUGGUUGGCCUUUGCACUGGACAGAUUAAAACUGGUGCCCCAUGCAGGUCUGAACGUCUUGCAAAGUACAACCAGUUGCUCAGGAUUGAGGAGGAGCUGGGCAGCAAGGCACGCUUUGCUGGCAAAAACUUCAGGAAGCCAGUCUUCAACUAAAUGGAUAUCUUAAUCAAAGCACUUAUCCACCUGAUGUAGUCACCAUAACCUAGAGGAGAGGCGUGAACACUUCUGUGCUGGAGAGGCUUAUUCUUCGGCAAUAGUAGUCAUGGUUCAUCCCGAGCCUCAUCACUAUCCUGAUUCUGACCUUCCAGUUCCUGAAGCUUUGCUGCUCAUUAGGACGAUUCCUUGUUUGUCACUCUCGGUGCCUGCAUGUUGUCUGUUUCUUAUUGUGGUUAUGGUCCUGAACACUUCAAUCUGGUCUAAUGUUAUCAUCAAGUUGUGUUGCAGUUUAUCGGGAGGCUAGUUAAUGGUCAGGUAACUGUAGUUUACAAAGAGCUAAUAAACUGUUUUGAAGGUG